GCACAAAGACAAAGACAGCAGCGGAAAAAAGUCGCCAACUCUUUUCUCACCAUGCAUAUGCAUGAACCUGAGGUUAGCACGAAUUUUCAUGAAUUUUCGCAGCGUUCAUAGACCUUCAGUCCUAUAGAUCACGUAAGGGAAGAAUUUCAGAUGCAUCACGGCAAAACCGGUAAAAAAAACCGUAACUGGAAAAACCAGUCACGCUGGUUUAGUCACGUAAACCCUAUUUUAUAUUUCCCAUAUCUUUGUUUCAGUUUUAUCGAAACUGCUUUCAGCAAAUCCCACGAAAUUAUAAAAUCUUUAUCAUAAUUAGAAAGCUCUUCUUUAAUCCAAUUAAUGCGGACCCAUGGGAAAUACACACGCCUCCUGGAAAUAAAGAGGGGGUAUUUAGUUUUAAUAAGUACUCACUUUGCAGCCUGCUAGGGCUGAAUUGCAUGAAUAUACAAAGAUAGUAUAAUAACCGGUGAUAACAAUGAUAACUAUAAAUAUGAUGAUAUAAUAACUACUAACUAAUAACUCAUAUGUAAAUAUUUGCAGUAUAUACACUAAAAUUACAGAUGAUCGCCGUAAAAAGUUUUAAUAAAGCUACGUGCAAGAGUUCUACCGCUUAGACAUCGAUUGGAUAAACGCUUGGUGCGCAUCUUAGGUUGAGUAAAUUCACGCUGGUUUCUAAGAUUAUACCUGCUAACAUUCUUUGCUGGUGGUAAAUGGUGCAGCUUACGCGCAAGAUCAGAUGCGACUAAUUCAAAUAGUUCGUUGCACUGUUCAAUGCGUCUGUCCUUAAGAGAACUCACGUUGUACAAUGUGAGGUUGUCAACAUAUGGAAGGCCGGGAGACAUUAUUUAGAGCACGCGCUUCUGAAUGCGCUCUAAGUCGUCGCUUAAAUACGCUGGAGAUUCAUGGUGAUAUAAUGGUGCGCCGUACUCUGAUAACGGCCUAAUGCAGGUAUGAUAGAAGUUGAUAAUAUCACCGACGUGACCUUGGCGCGCUUAAGCAAAAUAAGAAAAAACAUUCGCUUAUUGGCCUUCUUGAUUACUGACUUUCACUCUGACGGGAGUUGUGACUGUUGCAACCGUGGCGAGUGUUGUGAUUGUGACAAGUGUUCUGACUUUGACAAGUGCUGCGACUUUGACGAUUGUUUUGACUGUGACGACUGUUGUGUUAUUACUGUGACGAAUGAUCUC